AGAGCGCUGAGCAGUGGAAAUGGCCCUAAGGAUGCUCUGGGCUGGCCAGGCCAAGGGGAUCCUCGGAGGCUGGAGGACUAUCUGCUUGGUGGUGUCUCUGUUCCUACAGCACCCGGGAGUUAGCAGCAAGUGUUACUUCCAAGCUCAAGCUCCCUGCCACUACGAGGGUAAAUACUUCACUCUGGGUGAAUCUUGGCUCCGCAAGGACUGUUUCCAUUGUACCUGUCUGCAUCCUGUUGGUGUGGGCUGCUGUGACACGUCUCAGCAUCCUAUUGACUUCCCUGCUGAGUGUGAAGUGUUACAGGAGGCAGGAACCUGUCAAUUUUCCCUGGUGCAAAAAGCUGACCCUCGGCUGCCCUGCAAAGGGGGAGGGCCCAACUUAGAAUGGGGCUCAGCUAACACCCCUGCUCCUGGGGCUUCUGCCCCCCACUCCAGCUAA